AUGUCGCCGACCGCGUCCGCCGCCGGUCGCGUCCUCGACAUCUCGGAGACGCUCACCGCGCCCGGGAAGGUGGACCUCGCGGCGACGCUCGCCCGCCUGCGCGAUCUCGACGCGCUGCUGCGACGCCCCGGAGACGACGGCGACGCCGCCGCGCGCGCCUUCUGCGAGGGCCCCGAGGACGCGCCGGCGCGAUCCGCGCUUCGGUGGUCCGUCGCGAUGCUGUCCAAGCGCGACGGCGACGAUCUUCGCGCCGGCGGCGCGCGCGCGAGACCGCUGACGCACCUCCAGGCGGCGACGCUCCAGAUCCUGGUCAGCGUCAGCGGCGCGGACCACCGAUCGCAGUUUGGUCACCGCUCGCGCGACGGAUCGCAUCUCGAGUGGCCGACGCGCCGAGGCCUCGCGCUCGCGACGCGUCGAUGGCGCCCGGACGUGGACGUCCCAACCGGCCUCCUCCCGCCGCUCCUCGCGCUCGCGACGGAGACGGACGCGCGCACCGCGCCGCAGGUGCGGAUGCGCGCGCUGCAGCUCGCGGGAUCGCUGACGCGCGACGCGCGCGUGCCGCCGCGGAUGGUCGCGGGGGGGUGGCCGACGGCGGCGGCGAAAGCGUUGGAGCGGCGGCCGCGGCCGGACUUCUCGGAGGACGAGAGCAAGAUGUUCGUGUACGAGCGCGAGGCGUGGCAGCGCGUGGACGAGGCGUGCGCGGGCGUGGAGCCGGAAAACGGCGAGGAGGGGGAGGACGACGACGACGAAGACGCGGCGGACGAGGACCGGCGCGCCGGGUCGAGGGAAGCCGGCGCGUCCGCCGCCGCCGCCGCGCCGGCUUCGGGCCCCGGCCCCGGCCCCGGCCCCGGCGCGCGCGUCCUCCCGACGCCGCCGCCGUCGAGACCGCUGACUCGGGAAGCGCCGGCGCCGGAACCGCUGACGUGGCGCGUCAUGCCGGAGGCGGGCGAGCGCGAGCUCGAGGACGGCGACCUCGCCGCGUCCGACGCGGGGAGUUGGCGCGGGCAGCUCGUGAGGAUCGCCGGGCUCGCGUCGCGGCCGGACGCGAACGGGAAGCUCGGAUACGCGCAGGGCGUCGGGAGCUCGGAGGGCAGGAUCGCGGUGUUGAUUAACCCGUUGGGGGUGCAAGGCCACGGCGAAGCCGCGGAGAUGUUGUCCGUGAAGAGGGAGCGGUGCUCGGUGGUGGAGGGAAGGAAGCAGCCGGCGGGCGGCGGCGUCGGCGGAAGCGGAAGCGGCGGCGGCGUCUUGUGCGACGGUGAAACCGUUCUCGAGGUGCCGUUACGAGAGCUUCGCGCGCGGAUCGCGGCGAAAGGCCCGACAUCGCUCGUGGAAGGCGAGGAAAUCAUCCUCGAACGCCUGAGCGAGGGACGAAAAGCGCUCGCGUGCGAGGAUUUCGAGACGGCGUCGAAACGGUUCGAAGACGCGCUCUCGACGUCCACGGAACUGCACGACCACAAGAGCCUCGUGCGCGCGCACAUCAUGUGGCUCUGCCACACCGCGCGCGCGGGCAUGGGCAUCGACGCCACGUCAUCAGACACGUCAUCAGACGCGUGUUUGUCGGACGCGUACGCGAGCCGAGCGAUGGACGUGCUGGAGUUCCGGUUAGACACGACGUUCCGCGACGCGCGCCCCGGCGAGCGCGUCGUCCCUUCGCUCUUCGAGAUGGCCGACCCGGAAGAGCUCGCGUUCUUCACCGUCCUGUGCGUCGCGUGCGAGGACCCGGUGCCGGAGCUCAGCGCGUUCCUCGGGCCGUCGCUGACGCUUCGACUCGCGAGCGACGUGUUCUUGCCGCGGUUGUUCAAGACGGACGGCGUCGGCGCCGCGGAGGACUGGCGCCGUCUCGACGUCGCGUUGCGCGUCGUGGAGACGGAGUGGCGGCUCGGCGCGAUCGCGACGGUGUGGCGCGAGGGCGGCGUCAACGGCGAGCGCGGCGCCGCGGAGGUCGCGCCCGUGCCCUCGGGCGUCGUGGAGCGGUACAAGGCCGCUCGAGCGUUGUUCCUUCGCGCGUACUACGCCCUUCUCGUGAAGAAGUUCGCGCCGGGCGAGACGGACGACGAGAAGCGCGCGCACGCGACGUCGUGGUCGAAGGAGAUGCGAGCGGUGGCGCAGGUGAACCCGUUCGUGUUGUCGUUCGUGUCGUCGGGGUACCGCGACGUGCUCUCGGAUUGA